UUGUAACGUGACGUAGUCAUCGUAGCUUCGGCGACUUGGUCUGUGGUUGCAGAGAGAAAGGCGUGUGACAGUGAAACCGGCGCCAUGAAUAUCCGGAACGCACGGCCAGAGGAUCUAAUGAAUAUGCAGCACUGCAACUUGCUGUGUUUGCCAGAGAACUACCAGAUGAAGUAUUACUUUUACCAUGGACUCUCCUGGCCGCAGCUAUCUUACAUUGCAGAAGAUGAAAAUGGUAAAAUAGUUGGAUAUGUCCUUGCAAAAAUGUAAGAAGAUCCAGAUGAUGUACCCCAUGGUCAUAUCACUUCUCUGGCUGUGAAACGUUCUCAUAGGCGUCUUGGUUUGGCACAAAAACUCAUGGACCAAGCUUCUCGAGCUAUGAUUGAGAACUUCAAUGCAAAAUAUGUGUCUCUACAUGUGCGGAAAAGCAACCGAGCUGCUCUGCAUCUUUAUUCAAACACUUUAAACUUCCAAAUAAGCGAGGUGGAACCAAAAUAUUAUGCAGAUGGAGAAGACGCGUAUGCCAUGAAGAGAGACCUUACGCAAAUGGCUGAUGAGCAAUUGAGAAAGCAUCUGGAAAUGAAGGAUAAGAGCCGUCCUCAGCCAUUGACCUCCAUUGAAAAUAAGUCUGAUAACCGGUCUACGCAUGGAGAAUGUUGCCGAGAUGAAAAAUGUGCUGGAAAUGCCGGGAAAAGAGAUGGCACAGAGGAUAGUGGCGACAGCAAGGACGUGAGCGAAGUUAGCGAGGCCACUGAAAGCACCGAUGUGAAAGACAGUUCCGAGGCGUCAGAUUCUGCCUCUUAAAGAGACUCAUUAAGACCUUUCCAAUGUCUGAAUAGCAUCAUAAAGGAUCAACUCUUUCUGCGUUUGCAGCUCUCACCUCUUUUAUGUGGUGCCUCAUUGAUCAGACUUCGAUUUUUAAAUUCUACAUUCUUUAAACCGUAGUGCUGUCCAACCAUAAAGUACUAGACAUUUGUGCACUGAAAGUUCUUUUUAAGGACACUUCUGUGGAUUUAAAUGAGAUAUUAUAUAAAAACUAAAUCUACAGGAA